CGUCACCUGCUCUCCCGGCCCUGCCCCGGGGCCGAGGAUCUGGCUUGGGAAUCGGCCGCCUCUCAAAUGAACCUCUAGUCUUGCUUUGAAAAAAAGCCAUUUUGUGUAACUCUUGACUGAAUAAUUUCCUAAUACACCUGUUGCGAGGAUCACUGACACAGUAUGCCAUUUGAGAGGUACUUUUUCUUGAUCAAAUACUGGUGAUUAGAGAAGAGAGGUGUUUUGUUUCUUGUUUUUUUUUUCCCUUGAUCAUUAUGAACAUUGGCUUUUCACCCUGAAGUAAAAAUGUUGAAAACCGAGUCUUCAGGCGAACGAAGCACUCUCCGAAGUGCCUCUCCUCACAGGAAUGCUUAUAGAACUGAGUUCCAGGCACUGAAAAGCACCUUUGACAAACCCAAGUCAGAUGGGGAACAAAAAACAAAAGAAGGUGAGGGCUCCCAGCAGAGCAGGGGGAGGAAAUAUGGCUCCAAUGUCAACAGAAUUAAAAAUCUAUUUAUGCAGAUGGGUAUGGAACCCAGUGAGAAUGCUGCAGUCAUUGCCAAAACAAGGGGAAAAGGUGGACCUUCAUCUCCUCAGAGAAGAAUGAAGCCCAAAGAAUUUCUAGAGAAAACAGAUGGCUCAGUUGUUAAGUUGGAGUCCUCUGUUUCAGAACGAAUUAGUAGAUUUGACACAAUGCACGAUGGCCCUUCAUAUUCUAAGUUCACAGAAACUCGGAAGUUGUUUGAGAGAAGUGUGCACGAAUCAGGACAAAAUAACCGUUAUUCCCCAAAGAAAGAGAAAGCUGGAGGGAAUGAACCUCAGGAUGAAUGGGGUGGUUCGAAGUCCAACAGAGGCAGUACUGAUUCCUUGGACAGCCUUAGCUCCCGGACCGAGGCUGUCUCCCCAACUGUGAGUCAACUGAGUGCUGUAUUUGAGAACACCGAUUCCCCCAGUUCCAUCAUUUCUGAGAAGGCUGAAAACAAUGAAUACUCAGUGACCGGACAUUAUCCCCUAAAUUUACCAGCUGUGACUGUUACAAAUCUUGACACCUUUGGUCACCUUAAGGAUUCUAAUUCUUGGUCUCCUUCAAGCAAACACGGUGAUGAUUCAGAGGAUGCUCAGAAGUGUAACACAUCCUUGGUAACAGAAGUGGCUUUGAAAAGUACCUCUCUAGCUUUGAUGCCUAGUGAAGAGACACAGCAGAGCAGGGAAGCUGAGGACUCCACAUCUAACCAAGAGACUCCUGACAGAGUUGACAAAGACAUUCGUGAAGAACCUUGUGCUGAGAAUAGGGCAAUGCCAAAGUCUGACAUCCUUUCACCACAAAAUGAACCUUUAGAAGAUGCCAAAGUGAAUUUGGUUGGGAAAGAGGCAGCAAUGCCACAGAAGAAGGAACUUGCAGGUGGUGAUUUUAUCUCUGCUGAUGCUUCUGGGUCCAGUUGUGGGAAGGAAGUACCCGAAGAUUCAAAUAAUGUUGAGAGUUCCCAUGUUUACAUGCACAGUGACUAUAAUGUAUAUAGGGUAAGAUCCAGGUGUAAUUCAGACUGGGGAGAGACAGGCACCGAACAGGAUGAGCAGGAAGAUAGUGAUGAGAACAGUUACUACCAACCUGACAUGGAAUACUCGGAAAUUGUUGGAUUGCCAGAAGAAGACGAUAUCCCGGCAAAUAGGAAAAUUAAGUUUAGUAGUGCUCCAAUUAAGGUUUUCAGCACAUACUCCAAUGAAGACUACGACAGGAGAAAUGAUGAAGUUGACCCAGUGGCUGCUUCAGCCGAGUAUGAACUUGAAAAGCGUGUAGAAAAGCUGGAUCUUUUCCCAGUGGAACUGGAGAAAGAUGAGGAUGGACUUGGCAUAAGUAUUAUUGGAAUGGGUGUUGGAGCAGAUGCUGGACUUGAAAAGCUGGGAAUAUUUGUCAAGACAGUAACAGAAGGUGGUGCUGCUCAGCGGGAUGGCAGAAUACAAGUCAAUGACCAGAUUGUGGAAGUGGAUGGAAUCAGCUUGGUGGGUGUCACACAAAAUUUUGCAGCGACAGUUCUCAGGAACACCAAGGGCAAUGUCAGAUUUGUUAUUGGGCGAGAAAAACCAGGACAAGUGAGUGAGGUUGCCCAGCUGAUAAGCCAGACGCUGGAACAAGAGAGGCGCCAGAGAGAACUGCUAGAACAGCACUACGCCCAGUAUGAUGCCGAUGAUGACGAGAACACUGUGGCUGAAUUGCAAGGAGUGUCUGGCAACUGCAAUAACAAUAACAACUAUUUCCUUAAGACAGGAGAAUACGCCACAGAUGAAGAGGAGGAUGAGGUAGGCCCUGUCCUUCCUGGCAGUGACAUGGCCAUCGAAGUCUUUGAGCUGCCUGAGAACGAAGACAUGUUUUCCCCAUCAGACCUGGACACAGCCAAGCUCAGUCACAAGUUCAAAGAGUUGCAAAUCAAACAUGCAGUUACAGAAGCAGAGAUUCAAAAAUUGAAGACCAAGCUUCAAGCAGCAGAAAACGAGAAAGUGAGGUGGGAACUAGAGAAAACUCAACUCCAACAGAAUAUAGAAGAGAAUAAAGAAAGAAUGCUGAAGUUGGAGAGCUACUGGAUCGAGGCUCAAACGUUAUGCCACACAGUUAACGAACACCUCAAAGAGACUCAAAGCCAGUAUCAGGCCUUGGAAAAGAAAUACAACAAGGCGAAGAAAUUGAUCAAGGAUUUUCAACAAAAAGAACUUGAUUUCAUCAAGAGACAGGAAGCAGAAAGGAAGAAAAUAGAAGAUUUGGAAAAAGCUCAUGUUGUAGAAGUUCAAGGCCUGCAAGUACGGAUUAGAGAUUUGGAAGCUGAGGUGUUCAGACUCCUGAAGCAAAAUGGGACUCAAGUUAAUAACAACAACAACAUCUUUGAGAGAAGAACAUCUCUCGGUGAAGUCUCUAAAGGAGACACCAUGGAGAACUUGGAUGUCAAGCAGAUGUCUUGUCAAGAUGGCCUGACUCAAGACUUGAAUGAAGCAGUCCCAGAGACAGAGCGCCUGGAUUCUAAAGCCCUGAAAACACGAGCCCAGCUCUCCGUAAAGAACCGGCGCCAGAGGCCCUCUAGGACAAGACUCUAUGACAGUGUCAGUUCAACAGACGGGGAAGACAGUCUAGAGCGAAAGGGUUUGAGAACCUCCUCUCCAGAAUCAGAUUCUGGUGCUCCCUCCCUCACCUCUGUGGCUGACUGUGUGCCGCUCUCGGAGUCCGACCACAUAGCUGAAUUUCAAGGCCUGCUGCACGCAGAAAGGGAGCCUUCCUCCUCCACUUGGGGAGAUACUUCACCCUCCUCUCCUUCAAAAUCUGAUCAUGAUAUGGAAGACUCUCCCUGCCGCCGUCAAGCCACCACCAAGAAAAUAUCAGAAGAAAAAGAUGGUGCCAAAGGCCCCCAAUCACUGAGGGCAUCCAGUUCACUGGUCCUGCAAGGAGGCAAAAUUAAGCGGAAGUUUGUGGAUCUGGGGGCACCGUUGCGAAGGAGCUCCAACAAGGGAAAGAAAUGGAAAGAAAAAGAAAAAGAGGCCAAUAGGUUUUCUCCAGGUAGCAGGUACGGGAUCUUCAGAGGCAGGCUGGAGCCCUGGAAAGCGAAGCCAUCCUCUGCCGCGCCCGCCUCCCCGCGCUCACCUUGCAUGCCUUUCUCGUGGUUUCAUGAGAGCCGCAAAGGAUCCUAUUCCUUCAGGAACCUGCCUUCACCUACAAGUCCCCUCCAGCCUUCUUCUGAAAUUCUAAAUUCAGAUAAAAAGGGGUCCAAGAAUUUUACCUUCAACGAUGACUUCAGCCCCAGCAGUACCAGCUCGGCAGACCUGAGCGGCCUAGGAGCGGAACCCAAAACCCCAGGGCUCUCUCAGUCCUUGGCACUGUCGUCAGACGAGAGCCUGGAUAUGAUAGAUGACGAGAUCCUUGAUGACGGACAGUCUCCCAAACACAGUCAGUGUCAGAGCCGGGCCAUCCAGGAGUGGAGUGUGCAGCAGGUCUCUCACUGGCUAAGGGGCCUCAAUCUGGAGCAGUAUGUGUCUGAAUUCAGUGCCCAGAACAUCACUGGAGAGCAACUUCUGCAGUUGGAUGGAAAUAAACUGAAGGCCCUUGGAAUGACAUCAUCCCAGGACCGAGCAGUGGUCAAAAAAAAACUCAAGGAAAUGAAGGUGUCUCUCGAGAAGGCUCGGAAAGCUCAAGAGAAAAUGGAAAAACAAAGAGAAAAGCUUAGGAGGAAGGAACAGGAGCAAAUGCAGAGGAAACAUAAAAAGACAGAGAAGAUGACAGCUGCAACAGAGGGCGCUGGUGAGCAGUAAUACGCACCCUCCUGGGAGGCCGGGCGCUCCAAGAGAGUCCCCUCCUCCUGCCCCGCUUUCCUGCGGAGAAAUGAAGAAAAAAACAGACGGCAGGGGGAGUGUGCUGUAGGCAGGCUGGGGACCUUGUGUUGAAUAACUGCAUUUUCUGUGAUAAUGGAAUACCCUUAAUUUUAACCUACUGAAAUAAUCCCAAGCAACCUUUAGUUUAUUAACAAACCAAGGAGCUCAUUUGUGAGAAAUGCAAAUUAGCUAUGUUUCCCUCUUCUCUUACUUACCAAUAUCUUGUGCUGUGUUGGGUGGGUGGGUAUGUCACUUGGAAAACCAGCAUGACAAUGCCCAACAAGUGUUGUUAUUGGAGUGCCGUGAAUUGUCCGUAUGGGAUCCUGACCCUGCGCGUUUGCACCUGUUCUGCGUGGCUGAGAGCACCGCUCUGCCGUGAGAUGGGGCUGCAGAAUCCACUGCGAAGUGUGGGAAAGUUUCCCCGCCAUUUCUGUGUCUGGACAGUGAGACAGCCCCGCUGUGGAAGCACAGGCGUUCUGCCACAUGAUUACCUGCUGUGGCAAAAGGCAAGCACACCGUUCUGCUUGCUGGGCAUCUGAAAGGGAGAAAAGAAUUAUAGUCAUUUGUUAACCCCAGAAGGAAGCAAAAGCCUUAAGAAUGUGGACGUGGGUAUUACCUUGGGAUUCAGAGGGUAACAUUUAUCCUCUAGAUUUAGGCGAACAAAGGAGAAAUCAGACGUUAAUGCAGCCAUGGGCUAUCAGGAUCUAUUGUUUACUUAGCUACUGCUGCGCUUCAGUAUUUUAGCAGCCCUGACACACACAACACAAUUCCUUCUCCCCAACAAAUUGAACAGGAAAUUGAUUUUUAAGGAAACCAACAUUUUCAGGUUUCCUCUCCUGGGGAACAUUCUGGAAAGUCUUCAGCCAAACUGUGACACAGUCAGGAACUCGUCACAUAUUUUCUACUCAAAAGGUUUCCCAAGUGGACUCAGUUAGUGUUUUAACAAAUGUGCUUUUAAGAAAAAUAGAAAUACCAGUUUGAGAAAAUUUGGAUUUGAGUAACAUUCAACCAGAGAGGCAAUUUUCUUGGGCACACAGAAUGUUUCUUUAAAGGGGAGCUGUCAGUUAUGUUUCGAGAUGCUUUCAAUGGUUUUUCUGAGCCAUUCUCCUCCAUCUUUCAGAGAUUUUUCACUUUACAGUUAAAGUUUGUUUAAGAUAGCACACAGCAUACAGUCUAGCAGUGGAGGCAGUUCAGUGUAUUUUAGAGCCUGCCUUAAGGAUUUCAGUAUUUCAUCAAACUCAUUCAAGGGCCAGAGAGUAGGGCAGAAGGAGGAAAAGAUAACUCACCUUGAGAACUUUCAAAUGAUGGAUCUUAUUUUUGUUGUAGUUGUUGUUUUGCUUUUCAUGUUUAUGUAUCUGGUUCUCUUUGCUGCAUUGGCUCUAAAAAUGAGGUCCUCCACUUUCCAAGGAACAGGUUCCCACGUAAGAGUUGAGGGCUGACAUACUCGUGGACAAACACUGUACUUCUGUACUACAUGGAGAGUCUCUGUCCAUACCUUCCGCUGGAAAUGUUCUAUUCGCAGAGCUCACAGAGGGGGCUUUGGAGGUAGGUUAUAGGUAGCAGAUACUGCAGGGCCCCAACCCAUAUCGCUCCAUCUCGUAUUUUGAACAUUGUGAUUUUACUUUUUUGCUUGCCUGAAUAUUUUAAAUCUGGAAUUGUCUAAACUAGAAAGUCAUAAUUCUGUUCUUUCCGAAAUGUGUUAUCUGCUAAACUUCAGCGCUUUUAUCUGUAGGUACAGAUCAUUCUUUUCCUUCUACAGUAACACUGACAUAAAGCUACACUGUGUCUUACAGUUAUCAAAGUCACCAUGUAUGUUUUCUCUGCCUGCCUUCAUUUUCGGGUAUGAUAACGAGACUGCCAUACUGGAGAUUCUGUUAAUAUUGUGAGCUGCGUGGUGCUUUGCUCUUUAUGAUUACCAUGAGACACAAGGAACCACUAUUAACGAACUACAAAGUCCAGCAAACCUUUUCUAAUACUUAAAGGCUAAAUUAGUCAAAAUCUGGUAAUACUAGUGCUUGCUAUUAUUAAUUUUUGCUAUUUUUCUUUGAAAAAAAGUGACCUGGAUCACACUGGAAGUUUCACUGUAUUCAUUUGAAGAAUGGAAAUAGAAGGAUGAUUAUCUUAAGUUAUGUUUACACUUUGGUAAUAUUUGAAAAUGGAUGUAUAUACUGGAAAUGUCUGUAAGUCUCAGUCUCUGCACAUAAUUUAUGAUCUAUUAUAUUUCAUUUUCUUAA